AUGGCCGAAGAAGCAGAAUUCGACUUCGGUGACAAUGUGGACACAAGUACAUUCGAACAGAUCUUAGACAUGGAUGAAGGUGAAGAAGAGGGCGGCCACGAAUUUUCCAAGUCAAUCGUCUUCGGUUUUCUCGACCAGGCUGAAACGACUUUUGUGAAGAUGGAUGCAGCGAAGAAAAAGGGCGAUCUUCCAGAACUCUCCAGCCUUGGCCAUUUUUUGAAAGGCUCAUCGGCCACCUUGGGUUUUACGAAAGUGAAAGAGGAGUGCGAAAAGAUACAGCACUAUGGCCAGAAUAAAGACGAGUCUGGCGUUCACGACGAAGACGACGAUGAAAAAUGUUUGAAGCUGAUUGGACAGUCCAUCGAGAAAGCUCAGGUCGCCUACCGCACGAUCAAGAAGUUGAUGGAAGACUACUACGCUAAACUGGAAGAAGGUGGUUGA